UGAACUUGUCACUUCAGUAACCAAUAAUACUCAUCGUUAUUUCUAAUAAUCUAAUUAAAAUUAUAUUAAUUUUAGCACAAUCUAUCCGUUUUUCUAGUACAUAAAACAAACAAGCUAAUAAGUGAUUAUUUAAUGGUGCAACACGUCAAAAUUUAGUUCAAUCACAUGUACACAAUAUCCAUUUGUCUACGUGUUUAGUACAAUAUUGAAUAACUGUAAGUGGAUUCAUCAGGUAUAAGGAUAAUAAGGCUCAAUUAUGAAUAAGAAACCCAUUAGAAUGGGUCCGAAAAUAAGAAUAACACGGCCUGUAAAUCGCGUAAGGAAACUAGAAGAAGGCAUUAUAUCAGCGCCUAGAGUUGUGGACGAACGCAGCUAUAUAUACACCUGCCAGUAUUGUGGUCUAAAAUUCUCGCAAAACAGUCAUUUUUUCCGUCACAUGACCUCCAAUCAUGAGAAUCAGCAGCGCCAAGCUACUUUUCAAUGCAACGAAUGUCAAUUAGUCUUCACAAAGAAAGCUAAACUCGAUACUCACUGCCAAACUCAACAUCAGACCAAAAGCAAAUCUAGAUGCGAGAUGUGUUCCAUAACUUUCAAAUCGCGGUAUUGUCUACGGAGACAUUUAAAAAUAAAACAGUUGAUGCAAGAGAACUCCUGUCUAAAAUGCCAAAAAAAGUUUUUAUGCAAAGAACAGUUAACCAAGCACAUAGAGAACAAGCAUACAUUUAAAAAUAUAAUGUUUCAAUGUGAUUUGUGUUCAUUGAAGUUUAAAGUUAAGGGAUCAUUGGUGACUCAUUUGAAUCGAAUACACAAGAAGUUAUGAUAGUGUUGUAUAGUUUUUUUUUAUACAUUUUUAGAUAAUAUCUGUUUCUUUUUCUCGAAUAAAUGUUUACACUGUUACAAUUUUACACUUUAUGUAAAUGGAAUAUGUAUAAUUAUAUUAUUUAUGAGCUGGAUUCUAUCACCUUGAUAGCUCAAAUACAAAGCUACUUGUAAACUCAUUCCAUAGCUAGUCAUAGUAUUCAUGAUAUUAAACAACUUUGCCAAGAAGUAAAUAGUAAAUUAAAAAAAAAACAACUAAGUUACAUGAUCAACUUAGUAAAAAAAUGUUUAAAUAUAUUUUCAUAAAUCUACUUUGUUUGUUGGUAAAGAUUUAGUUAUAUGAGUAUUCCUACUUGUCCAUUGCCCUGGUAUACCAUUUACCAUUAAAGUCGUAAUAUAUAUUUAUAACAUUCUCUUUGUGUAAUGUUUACAAUUGAUAAAAUAUAUUUGUAAUAACUUUGUAAAAGUUACAUUACUGUACAUAUUUAUAUAAGUUAAUUUAUUUAUUAGCUAAUAUUGUGUAGUACACCGGACUAUAUGCAACAUAACCUGUAAAUAUACAAGAAAAAUACUUUAAAAUGACAAUAAUCUGGAAUCUUUUUUUUUAUAUGGCAUCUUAAAAACAGUGUAUUUUAUUUUCUAUAAACUUUACAGUCAGACUUUUUAUUAAUUAAUUAAUAUUCAGGAUAUGUUUUAAAUGUUACAAACUAAAAUAUUGUACAUAAUUUUCUGGUAUUGUAACUAGAAACAAUCUGUAAUUUUUUUGAAUGUAUUCACUGCAAACAAAAUUAAUUUUUGUUUCAUACAAAAAUUAAUUUGUGUGAUACCAACUGUGAUACCAAUAUUUUUUUUACCAUGGCAUGUUUGUAAGCAUUAGUAUAUUAAUUUUAAUAGUUUUAUGAUCAUUUCCAAACAUUUCUUACUGUAAACAACUAAGUUAAACUUCAAAUUUUUUUUUAAAUAUCACAAUUUGUUGCAUAGAUUAAAUUUUAGUUAAAACAAACUUAUUAUUAAAUAUUGUGUUAAUUACUCUGUUGUGAGAUUGUUGUAUUUGUUCACUAUAAAAUGUUUUUUUAACAUGUCCGAUCACCGAAGUAAAGCAAUAUUGGGUGUGGUCAGUACUUGGAUGGGUAACAUUUUUUUAAUCUAUUUCAAAAAUAUUCAUAUGUAGGUGAAAAUGUAAUAAUAUUCUAGACUAUAG